AUGACACAAGUUAUCGACGUGCGUUUCGAGCACUAUGAUGCACCCUUCACGAUCGGCGUUGACGAGACAAAACCUCGACUAUCCUGGAAGAUUCGCACUUCAUCACCGCAGUUCCAACAGAAUGCUUACGAGAUAGAAAUAUUUGACGAGUCUUCUCAGUCAGCGUCAACUCGACUGCAUCUCACCAGAGUCGUAUCCUCUUCUUGCACAUUCGUGCCAUGGCCAUCAGACCAGCCUUUGCGGUCUCGUCAGAAAAUCGCCGCUCGGAUCAGAAUAUGGGAUGAGCAAGACAACGCUAGUCCCUGGAGCGAUCUGGCUGGACUUGAGACUGGACUGCUGGAGCGCAACGAAUGGCAAUGCGCUCGGAUCGCCGCCCCAUGGAACGCUGACUCCGCUGGUCCGCUGCCCGAGCAGCUGUACCGAAAGCAAUUUUCCGUGGAGAAGACUGUGAGCAGAGCUCGCCUCUAUAUCACCUCUCAAGGACUGUACGAGGCAAGUGUUAAUGGCUCGAGGGUUGGUGACUACUUCUUAGCACCUGGCUGGACUUCAUACGACGGGAGACUCCAAUAUCAAACUUACGACAUUACAUCCGCCCUGACUCCAGGCAACAACUGCCUUGGAGUUCGCGUCGCAGAGGGUUGGUUCAACGGGCGUAUUGGAUACCUUGGUGGUGCUCGAAACAUUUGGGGCUCUCGCACCUCACUACUUGCCCAACUUGAGAUCACGUUCAAUGAUGGCCGUACUCAAAUCCUUUGCACAGAUGACUCUUGGCUUGUAUCAGACGGGCCCAUCAGACUGGCUGAGAUUUACGAUGGAGAGAAGUAUGAUGCUACGCAAGAGGUUCCAGACUGGUCGAUGCCUACCACAUCAGAUACUGUACCGUACUCGGGAUGGAAGCCUGUAACUUCUUUGGAUCCACUACUGGAAUCGAUAAAGCUCACAGCCGGAUAUGCUGGCCCAGUCCGGCGCUUCGAGAGUAUUCCAGUAAAGAAGCAGACGAUCAGUCCAUCUGGCAAGACCAUCAUCGAUUUCGAUCAAAACUUGGUUGGAUAUCUCAGGUUGAAAGGUAUCAAGGGUCCCCGGGGACACAAGAUUACUCUCAAGCAUGCCGAAAUCCUGGAGGAUGGUGAGCUCUGUCUUCGAAUCCUCCGACAAUGCGCUGCAACAGACGAGUACACGCUAAGAGACAUGAAGCGUGUUGGAUCAUUUUCAUGCUCAAAUUCCCUCCUGAAUCAGCUUCAUAGUAAUGUCGUGUGGUCCAUGCGGGGCAACUUUCUUUCUGUCCCCACCGACUGUCCUCAGCGAGACGAAAGGUUGGGAUGGACCGGCGAUAUCGCACUAUUUGUGCCAACUGCAGUCUUGCUUUACGAUUGCUUCGGCAUGCUCAAGAAUUGGCUUGUCGACCUGGCUUACGAUUCCAGCUGUUCGAAUGGCGUCCCGCCUAUAGAUUGGGUUGAUCCUGCAGCCCCACCAGAUUCCCCAUUCAAGGCGUUCACAGAUGCGAUUAUGGUGGCAAACAUGUUUCUCAUACAGAAUCUAGAUCUGAUGAGCCAAAUCUCUGCCAUACUUGGCAAAGAAACUGAGAAGCUCAGCUUUGCGGCCGAGGCUGAGGUAGCGCGGGCCGAGUUUCAAGAUGAAUAUGUGACUUCGACCGGUCGCUUAGUAUCAGAUUCGCAAACAGCAUAUUCAUUGGCGAUAACAAUGAACAUACUCCCGCCCGAGAAGCGUGUCCGGGCCGGCAAUCGCCUAGCAGAGCUCGUCAAAAAGAACGGCUUCAAGAUCGCCACAGGCUUUGCCGGCACGCCGUUCGUUUGCGAAGCACUUGCUAGAAUGGGACACUGCCAGGUUGCUUAUGCAAUGCUUCUGGAGACUAAGUGUCCUUCUUGGCUAUACCCAGUAAACAAGGGUGCAACGACUAUAUGGGAACGCUGGGACAGCAUGCUACCCAACGGCAAAGCCAAUGUCGACGACAUGACUUCUUUCAAUCAUUAUGCAUUUGGCUCCAUUGCCAAAUUUCUUUACGAGCGCCUCGCUGGACUGCAGCGUGUUGAUGCUGGAUGGAAACAAUGCCGCAUCGCACCCAUGAUAGGCGCCGAGUUCACCAACGCCUCGGCAUCUCACAUCACACCCAGAGGCACAGUGUCAUGUGAGUGGAAGACGGGCGAACCACAAGAUGGAGUAGAGACAUUUCAACUCAAAGUCGUCGUGCCAUAUGGUACAAAGGCAGAAGUUGUCAUACCAGAAGGCACGGGAAGUCGCAUCGAGAACGUUGGUCCUGGAGAAUGGUCAUUUGAAUCGAAGAUCCGGCGAGAUUAUGAGUGGCCAGUGCAGUCAUUGGAGCUGGCGUUAUAA